AUGUCACAGAUUACGUUUUGGCACAUUACAAUGAAGAUGCACUCUAUGACUAAACAAAACCGGACCAAAGUGGAGACCAUUAAAGGCCGUAGCUACAAAGCUGGACGUUGUGGCGCCAACACAAGAUACUACGAGAAGAAGAAGGCUGACAAGACUUUGUUAAAUCAAGAAUCAGUAUUAACAGCUACGCAAAUCCGCAACAAGAAGUACUAUCAAAAGAAGAUGGUGGAUGAAGCAGUCGUAACCACGCGUGUUAAAAUACUCAGAACACUUUUUGUUGAUUUUGAGGAGGAGCUUGCGAAGUUACCAGGUGGCAAACCUCAAAUGAUCAGGGAUGCUCGCAAGUAUCAGAUGACCAAUUAUUAUGAUAAUAUGGCAGAACUGUACAGCUUUGUCAGAAGCGACACAAAUUUUCCUGACACUUAUUACAGUCGCCACGCAAUCCUUACAAUUGUUUUGGAUUUUCUUCACCUCGUUUUUCCUUCGAACAUCAAGAAGAAUUAUAAUCAAGAUCAAGUCAUGACAAUGUUUCUCGGCCUUGAUAAGGAUGAUUUACCUGAGGACAUGGUCUUAGGUGAAGUAGACGACAGUUUUGAGGAUAAAAUAAAAGCUUUCUUAUUUCAAAAGAAAAACGAGGGGAACAGCAUGUAG